ACCUUCACCACCCUAAAGGAUGUUGAGCAACUCAGGCUGCCCCCUCUGACGGUCGUCCCUUCCUCCCAUCAGCCUUUCAUGCUAACGGGGCGCUAACAACUGGCUCCAUCGCAGAGCUGCAUCUCCUCCCAGGGCACUUAAGAACUUGAGGGAAUCCACUCCUGGCUGUAAGGACUGAAGGAAAAGAAGAGGAAAAAAAGAUGCAACACUUCUCAGACUCACAGAAGUCGACAGUGACCAUGCCUCGCUCUCCUGCAGCAGAUUCGUACCAGCAGGGUCCCAUCAGGGUGACGCUGGAGAACUCUGGUCUGUGGAAAUCCUUUCACAGCAUCGGGACAGAAAUGAUCAUCACGAAGCAUGGAAGGAGAAUGUUUCCUCACUGCAACGUCAGCAUCACUGGUCUCCAGCCUUUUGCCAACUACGUGGUCAUGAUGGACAUGGUUCCUGUGGAGAGCUUCAAAUACAAGUGGAAAAAGGACCAGUGGGAGGUGGCAGGAAAGGCCGAGCCCCAGCCUCCGUGUCGCACAUUCAUGCACCCAGACUCUCCUGCCACAGGAAGUCACUGGAUGAAGCAGUCGUUGUCCUUCCUCAAGGUUAAACUCACCAACAACACACUGGACCAACAUGGCCACAUCAUCCUACACUCCAUGCAUCGCUACUACCCCAGGUUCCACGUGGUACAGGCCGACAGUCCCUACAUCGUCCGCUGGAGUCACUUUCAGACUUUCACUUUCCCAGAAACAGCCUUCACUGCAGUGACAGCUUAUCAGAACCCAAAGAUAACCAAACUGAAGAUCGAUCACAAUCCAUUUGCAAAGGGAUUCAGGGAAGGAGGAACUCAUUCACACAGUAAAAGAUGUCGAUCAAAUGGAAGUCCUCCUGCCAAGCGCCCAGCUAAGGACCUUAGGAUAUCUUCAAGCACUCCCACAGACCUGCAGAGGUUGCCCUCGUCUUCCCAAACAGAGGAAGCUAAAACUGACCUAGCCUCAGAUUCACAGAGGUCACCAAAGACCGGUCACUACUCAACCUGGGCUCCAGAGCAGGAGCCACCCGAGAGUCUUCAUGCAGAGAACCUGGAGAUGCAGGAGUACGACUAUAGCUGUGAGGAGCAGAUGGUUCCUGUGUCCGUGUCCUAUCAGCCCUACAGGUCUGAGCUCAGAUCCCUGGAAUACGGCAGUUUCCUCUACCCUUCCAGUAACGUGGAUGCAGCUCACGCGCACGUCCAGCCAGCUCUACACACACUCCCCUCAGCAGAACACGGAGCUCAGCAGCACACCUACCACCACCCGCACCAUCAGCACCAUCAUGUGGCUGCAGCAGACUGGAGCCAGUAUCCUCUGUUCUCGUACUCCUGCUGGUGACUCAGGAACACGGCACCCCUGAUGGAGAAGCAGAAGAACUGUUAUUCUAAGAACAUCGUCAUGGACCGCGCUUGUGUAUUUUCUGGACCUUGAAGAGCAUGGCCUUGCAUGGACCAAAAUCUUAACUCUCCAAGUUGACCGUUAUUUUUGUUUAUUUUUAAACAUCUACUCUUGGAUGAAAAUACUUUUUACCUUUAAAUACAAAUAAAAAACAUUUUUUUUGAGUUCCAGUGAAUAUUCCAUUUAAUAUUCCUAUCCUGUUGAGGGGAAAUCUGUGUAAAAAUCUGGCAGAAGGAAUUAAAUAUUUGUCAAUUUGUACAUGACCUGUAAUAAAGGUGACUUUGUCAAAAGGUUUGGGAAUUCUUCACACAAUCUAAACAAAACCACAGUUAUGACUGUACUUAAGACUAAGGUUAAGGUGGAACUUUAUCUAUGCCACACUGGGAAAAUUAUUUUGUUGCAGCAACACAGGGGACAGAGGCAAAGACAAAAGACUUUUAAAAACUACAACAACAAUUAAGGUAAAACUUAAAUUAUCUAGUUGUGGGCCGGAUGAAGGGCGUUCAUGGGACAGAAUAGGCCCCCAAUGCUGGGGGUUUGAGACCCCUGGCUUAAACAAUUGGCUGAAAAGCUGAUUUCUGUACAAACUGUUU